ACUUUGACCUCUUAAAGUGCUUUCAGGACAAUAUGCUUGAAUUAGAUGAAAUAAAACGAUGCUAUCAAAGAACUAUCACAGAGGGGUUCGUCAGACGAACUCCCCUCUUCAAACAUAUUCAGCAGCUUGUUCCAGGGCUAUCGAACACGGUUCACUGUAAAAUGGAGAGUCUACAGUAUGAAGGGUCUUAUAAAUUACGAGGAGUAUCCAAUCAAAUGAUGGAUUGCGACCCCAACUUAACUUAUACAUCCAUGUCAGCCGGCAACUAUGGAAGAGCAUUUGCUAGAAUGCUUGAGCUGAAGAAAGGAAAGGGCAUUUUAUUUAUGCCAGAAACGGCCCCGAAGGAACGCAUGGAGUAUAUCAGGUCAAAAGGCGUUCCAGUUGAAACGCGUAAAACAUCAGAACUUGAAGGAGCCGUUCAAGACCUUGUUCACACGUCGAAUGCAGUUUAUUUGCCAUCCUAUGAUGAUAGACGACUAUUAGCUGGAUACGGUGGAAUAGCCCUGGAAAUAAUGGAAGAUUACCCCGAGGUCGACGUCGUAAUAGUACCCUGUGGCGGAGGCGGGGCUCUUGCAGGAGUUGCAGCUACAUUUCAAUUAAUUAAACCUUCCGUUAGAGUAUUCGGGGUCGAGCCAGUCAAUGCAUCAACAAUGUACGAAUCUCUGCGAAAAGGUGAACCCCAAACUUUAAAUAGGAACAAUCCACCUACCAUUGCUGCCGGACUAAUGCCGCCAAAUGCUGGACUAAUACCAUUUCAGAUCAUCUCCAAAGCCGUAGAAGAGAUUGUUCUCGUCAACGAGGACGAGAUACGUAAAGCGGUUUUAGACUUGUUUAAGAGUGGAUUAAAGGUUGAAGCAUCUGGAUCUGUAGGCAUUGCAGCUCUUCAAAGUAAUAAAAUUCCUAAUUUAACGAAGGAUAGUAAUGUAGUUGUUGUAUGUUCAGGAAGUAAUGUAACAAUUCGCGAAUUGUCUAAAUACGAAAAUGAUGCUAAUAUUUCAUUAUAA